CCAGAGAAGAGUCAGAAGAGCCGACAGGGACAGACAGGAGCAGGAUGAUGAAGACGUCUGUGAAGCUCUUGACUCUGGUGGCUCUGUUCAUCUGCGUCCACUCAGCUGCUGGUCUGCAGUGCUGGUCCUGUAAAGGUUCUUCGUGUUCUUCUCAGACGUCACAGAUCUGCUCGUCGGGACAGAGCCAGUGUGUCUCCAGGACUUACGCCGGCUCCUACGAUUAUGGAGACUACAGUUACACCUACAACUACACCUAUAAAGGCUGUGCUUCUGCUUCAGACUGUACAGCUGCAGGGUCUGAGUUUGUUUCAUAUAAUUAUGGCCCCAACACUUAUGCUGUAAACACCACGUGCUGCGACACAGACAACUGCAACAACCAGAAUCAGCCCAUUGUGGCGCCCCCUGUUGGUUCUCUGCAGUGUUACAGCUGUGAUCCUUCCUCUUAUGAAUGCACUGCCAAUGUGACCUGUAACACCCAGGAGGUGUGUGGACAGGCUGUGGUUGACCAGUAUAACCCAUCCCGUCCAUUUUACGGCUGUGUCUCUGAGAAUCUGUGCAACAACACCAACCUGUCACGACAAUAUUUUGGCUUCAGUACCUCAGUGUCCUGCUGCAACAAUUCCCACUGCAACGUCCCAGAUCUGGGGUUACAGUGUUUGACGUGCACAGACUCGUCAUGUUCUUCUCAGCGCUCGGUGACCUGCUCCAAACUUGCCCCCUUCUGUUUCACUGAUGCCUACGCAGGUUACAGUUACGGAAGCUACAGCUACAGCAGGUUCCAAAAAAGCUGUGCUUCGUCCUCGGUCUGUACAGCUGCAGGGUCUCAGGUUUAUUCUUAUGACUAUGGCUACAGUUCUUACAUCAGAAACACCACGUGCUGCGACACAGACGACUGCAACGCUCCAAACCCGACCUUUCCCAUACUUCAGUGCAUGAGCGGCUCCGGCUCUAGUCAGCGUUUAGUCAACUGCUCCUAUCAAACUACUGCGUGUUUCUCCAGGUCCUACACAGCCUCCUACAACUAUGGAAACUACAAUUACACCUACAGCUAUAAAGGCUGUGCUUCUGCUUCAGUCUGUACAGCUGCAGGGUCUGAGUUUAUUUCAUAUAAUUAUGGCCCCAACACUUAUGCUGUAAACACCACGUGCUGCGACACAGACAACUGCAACGAAAAUCAUUCCAUUGUGGCGCCCCCUGUUGGUUCUCUGCAGUGUUACAGCUGUGAUCCUUCCUCUUAUGAAUGCACUGCCAAUGUGACCUGUAACACCCAGGAGGUGUGUGGACAGGCUGUGGUUGACCAGUAUAACCCAUCCCGUCCAUUUUACGGCUGUGUCUCUGAGAAUCUGUGCAACAACACCAACCUGUCACGACAAUAUUUUGGCUUCAGUACCUCAGUGUCCUGCUGCAACACUUCCCACUGCAACGUCCCAGAUCUGGGGUCACAGUGUUUGUCGUGCACAGACUCGUCAUGUUCUUCUCAGCGCUUGGUUAUCUGCUCCAAACUUGCCCCCUUCUGUUUCACUGAUGCCUACGCAGGUUAUAACAAUUAUGGAGGCUCCAGUUACAGUGGGAUCAGAAAAGGCUGUGCUCUUCCCUCGGUCUGUACAGCUGCAGGGUCUGAGUUUGUUUCUUAUGAGUAUGGCUCCAGGUCUUACCUCAGAAACACCACAUGCUGCGACACAGACGACUGCAACGCUCCAAACCCGACCUCGCCCCCUGUUGGUUCUCUGCAGUGUUACAGCUGUGAUCCUUCCUCUUAUGAAUGCACUGCCAAUGUGAGCUGUAACACCCAGGAGGUGUGUGGACAGGCUGUGGUUGACCAGUAUAACCCAUCCCGUCCAUUUUACGGCUGUGUCUCUGAGAAUCUGUGCAACAACACCAACCUGUCACGACAAUAUUUUGGCUUCAGUACCUCAGUGUCCUGCUGCAACACUUCCCACUGCAACGUCCCAGAUCUGGGGUUACAGUGUUCGACAUGCACAGACUCGUCAUGUUCUUCUCAGCGCUCGGUGACCUGCUCCAAACUCGCCCCCUUCUGUUUCACUGAUGCCUACGCAGGUUAUUACGAUUAUGGAAGAUACAGCUCCAGCUACAGUGGAAUCAGAAAAGGCUGUGCUUCUCCCUCGGUCUGUACAGCUGCAGGGUCUCAGAAUGUUUCUUACAACUAUGGCUACAGGUCUUACAUCAGAAACUUCACAUGCUGCUACACAGACGACUGCAACGCUCCAAACCCGACCUUUCCCAGACUUCAGUGCAUGAGCGGCUCCGGCUCUAGUCAGCGUUUAGUCGACUGCUCCUAUUUAAGUACAGCGUGUUUCUCCAGGUCCUACACAGCCUCCUACAACUAUGGAAACUACAAUUACACCUACACCGAAAAAGGCUGUGCUUCUGCUUCAGACUGUACAGCUGCAGGGUCUGAGUUUAUUUCUUAUAAUUAUGGCCCCAACACUUAUGCUGUAAACACCACGUGCUGCGACACAGACAACUGCAACAACCAGAAUCAGUCCAUUGUGGCGCCCCCUGUUGGCUCUCUGCAGUGUUACAGCUGUGAUCCUUCCUCUUAUGAAUGCACUGCCAAUGUGAGCUGUAACACCCAGGAGGUGUGUGGACAGGCUGUGGAUGACCGGUAUAACCCAUCCCGUCCAUUUUACGGCUGUGUCUCUGAGAAUCUGUGCAACAACCCCACCCUGUCACAACGAUAUUUUGGCUUCAGUACCUCAGUGUCCUGCUGCAGCACUUCCCACUGCAACGUCCCAGAUCUGGGGAUACAGUGUUUGUCGUGCACAGACUCGUCAUGUUCUUCUCAGCGCUCGGUGACCUGCUCCAAACUCGCCCCCUUCUGUUUCACUGAUGCCUACGCAGGUUCUUACAAUUAUGGAAGCUCCAGUUACAGCACGAUCAGAAAAGGCUGUGCUCUUCCCUCGGUCUGUACAGCUGCAGGGUCUGAGUUUGUUUCUUAUGACUAUGGCUCCAGGUCUUACCUCAGAAACACCACAUGCUGCGACACAGACGACUGCAACGCUCCAAACCCGACCUCGCCCCCUGUUGGUUCUCUGCAGUGUUACAGCUGUGAUCCUUCCUCUUAUGAAUGCACUGCCAAUGUGAGCUGUAACACCCAGGAGGUGUGUGGACAGGCUGUGGUUGACCAGUAUAACCCAUCCCGUCCAUUUUACGGCUGUGUCUCUGAGAAUCUGUGCAACAACACCAACCUGUCACGACAAUAUUUUGGCUUCAGUACCUCAGUGUCCUGCUGUAACACUUCCCACUGCAACGUCCCAGAUCUGGGGUUACAGUGUUUGACGUGCACAGACUCGUCAUGUUCUUCUCAGCGCUCGGUGACCUGCUCCAAACUCGCCCCCUUCUGUUACACUGAUGCCUACGCAGCUUCUUACGAUUAUGGAAGCUACAACUACAGCUACAGUGGAUCAGAAAAGGCUGUGCUUCAUCCUCGGUCUGUACAGCUGCAGGGUCUGAGUUUGUUUCUUAUGACACUGGCUCCAGGUCUUACCUCAGAAACUACACAUGCUGCAACACAGACGACUGCAACGCUCCAAACCCGACCACGCCCCCUGCUGGCUCGCUGCAGUGUUACGGCUGUGACCCAAACACAAAUGAAUGCAAAGCAACUGUGACCUGCAGUGUCCUGGAGACCUGCUCCAACACUUCUGUUGGGAGCUACAGUGUUUAUGGAUGUGUCUCUGAGAAUCUGUGCAACAACCUCACCUUCUCCCAAAGAUACUUGUACACCAACAACCAACCACUGUCCUGCUGCAACACCAGCUACUGCAACGCCCCAUGGACCACCAC